AUGCUUUCUUCUCUGACUCAGGCCAUAGUUGCGCUGUCCUUAGCUGCACCAUUUCCCGUUUCAGCGGGGAACUCAGUCAUACAAGGGUCAUCUGGUCUGUCUUACAUCGGCCUGCGCAAUGCGACCGCUGGUCAGGACUACUUUCUGGGGAUUCCUUUCGCUCAACCUCCUGUCGGUCCUUUACGAUUCAAGCCGCCAGUUCCUUGGACUCCUGGAAAUUUUACGGUGGUAAACGCGACAUUGGAUGGUGCAAGCUGCGAGCAAAAUGUUCCGUUCACAAGUAAUAGGAUAUCCGAGGAUUGUUUAACGCUUAAUGUUUGGAAGCCAACAAAUGUGACAGGGAAGUUACCUAUCAUGGUUUGGAUAUAUGGCGGCGGCUUUUAUCAAGGAGAAAUUAAGAGAUACCCAGGAACGCAGUUGCUUGAAAGAGCGAAUAAAAUAGGAAAACCAAUCAUCUACGUUGCAAUGAACUACAGACUAGGAAUUUACGGGUUUCCCCCCGGUCGGGCUGCGGCUGACGCAGGGGCACUCAACCUUGCCUUUAAAGAUCAGAGGCUUGCUCUCCAAUGGAUUCGUGAUAAUAUAGGCUAUUUUGGCGGAGACCCCGACAAGGUCACUAUAUUCGGCGUUUCUGCCGGAGCGAUUAGCGCAUCAUAUCAGACAUUCUACAAUGAGGGUAAAAUAGGAAAACUAUUCCGAGGUAUGAUACUUGAAUCUGGGUCACCAACCACACUGAAUGCAGCUGGACCAAACGAUCCUGUCAGGGAAGCCGGGUUUCAAUUUUUGGUUAAUGCUACAGGAUGCUUGAAUAGCACGACUCCGUUCGAAUGCGUACGAAAUGCCCCGUCUGAUCUACUCAGUCAAGCUAACAAAGAUUUGUUUGUGGUUGAGCCCUACUAUCGAGCCAUAGGACAAGCCCCCACAAUAUUUGGUCCAACGUAUGCUCCAAAUGAUGAAUUCUUUACCGCACCAAUCCCUCGUCUUAUGCACACCGGAAAAUUUGGAAAGGUUCCGUUCAUCAGUGGAGCCCUACUGGACGAAGGAACAGCGUUUGUCGACGGCCCGGAAACUUCGAUUCAAGGAGACCAGGAUAUUAUCAACUGGCUCACUGCUCACUUCCCUGGGCUAUACUUUGCUGCCGGAUCACCCUACGGUACUGGAAACGAGACAUUCGGACGCGGCACUCAAUAUAAGCGAUUUGCGAGUCUAUUUGGUGACCUUGCGUUCCAAGCUCCUCGCCGUGAUUUUCUGAGGUCAUCCAGAAAUUAUGGUACUCCAACCUGGUCGUAUAUAUUCAAAGAGCGAUCAUUGGAUUAUCCUGCAGAAUACGGCAUAGCUCAUGGAAGCGAUACUUCCUUUGUAAUGCAGACGUGGGGUCUAUCCACCCCAAGUGCCUCGCCUGCAGCGAUUGAUCUUAUGGAAACAAUCGGUGACUAUUGGGUUAAUUUCGCAUACAAUUUGGAUCCUAAUUCGAGGAAUAAUCCAAGACGUGUGUUCUGGCCAAAGUAUGACAAAGAAGAGAUUGCCCUUCAACUAUUAGCUUCGAAUGUGACCGCCUUCAAAGACUCCGAUAGAGCCAAUGCAAUCGAUUUCCUAAUCGAUGGGCACGGUUUAUAUUCAUAA